AUUAGAGCUUGAUAAACGUCAGUGUCAAACUGAUCCAAGAUCUGUGUUUUGUCUUUUGGUACGCGAAAUAUUUGCGUUGAGCCGUGACGAUAGAAUUUAUCUGGUUAUCAAGACCUGAAAUAACUUAUACAUGCACAGAAUUAUUACCUAACAAAAAUGAGCGCAAAAAAAGACGCAAUAAAAAAACUGAAGUCAUUAUGUUCCUUAACUAUUGGUGGCUCUUUGGCAUAUCAGUUCAUUUAUUACAAAAAGGAUUUUAAUGGGUAUUACACAAAUGUUUUGCAACCAAUCAGCCAAUAUAUUAGCCCUGAGUGGGCACAUAAUCUUGGAGUAGCAGCUAUAAAAUAUGGUUUAUUCCCUUCUGAGAAAACUGAUGACCCACAAGUAUUGAAAACUAAAUUCCUCAAUUAUGAAUUAAACAACCCCAUUGGCAUUGCUGCAGGAUUUGACAAACAUGGUGAUGCUGUUGUAGGUUUGAGAAAGUUAGGUUUCUCUAUUGUGGAGAUUGGUUCAGUCACUCCUGAAGCGCAACCUGGGAACCCAAAACCAAGAGUGUUUCGUCUGCCUGAAGAUAAAGCAGUCAUUAACAGAUAUGGUUUCAAUAGUGAAGGUCAUGAGGAAGUUUAUAAGAAAAUAGACACAAUUGAAAAAGCACUGCUUGAUAAAGGAUUAUUGGGAAUUAAUUUGGGAAAAAAUAAAUUAUCUGAAAAUCCUAUUGAGGAUUAUGUUUUAGGAAUUAAAAAAUUCUCUAAUGUAGCUGACUAUUUUGUUAUUAACAUCAGCAGUCCUAACACUCCAGGACUAAGGUCAUUACAGAAGAAAGAGGAACUAUAUCUUCUGCUCAAAGAAAUCAAUAAAGCCAGAAAUGAGAUGAAGAUUGCUAAGAAACCUCCUUUGCUUCUGAAACUAGCACCUGAUCUAAGUCAAGAAGAAAUGAAGGAAAUUGUUUCAGUAAUUUUGAAGAGUGAAAGUAAGGUUGAUGGCUUGAUAAUAUCAAACACUACAAUUGACAGAUCACAACUCCAGAAUACUCAGUUCACUAAAGAAGCAGGAGGUCUAAGUGGUAAACCACUUACUGAGAAAUCCACAGAAAUGAUAAAGCAUAUGUAUAAAAUGACAAAAGGUAAAGUACCGAUUGUGGGUGUAGGUGGAGUUUUCACAGGUCAAGAUGCCUAUGACAAGAUUUUGGCAGGAGCAAGUGCUGUUCAAAUAUACACAGCUUUAAUUUACCAUGGACCACCAGUUGUCACCAAAAUCAAAAGUGAAUUGGCAGAACUCCUGGAGCGUGAUGGGUAUAGCAAUGUCAAUGAAGCUGUCGGCAAAGGAAACUGAUAUGAGUUUCAAUAUGCACAAGUUGAAAACAAAAAUACUACCUCACUGUUCAAGUUUGUAUUUAAAGUUUGUUCAUUCAAUUUUAUAUAUAGAAUACAAAAACAUAUUUUACAUUGUUAUAUUGUGUGUAAAUUUUCAAAAUGAUGUUAGGUAAGUAGAUAAAAUGGCAUGACUUUUCA